ACUAGGUCGACCUGUGUGUCCUUUACCGAAAAUGGGAACUUUUAAUGGUCGAACCGUUGGCUCUGUGAAUAUCGUAAAGUGUCCCAAGGGUAUGAAAGGCGAGGGUAGAGCCACGUGUAAGCAGAAUCUAAAAUGGGACAAGAAAAUUGACAAAUGUGUUGGAUUUCGUUUUAGUAAUGAAGAAGAAACCGAAAAUUAUGUCAGACCAAAUCUUGAAACAAAUCAUGAUGGCGAAUGGAAACACGUUUCCAGCGACAACUGGAAUUGGAAAGAAACUCAGGUUGCCUGUAGAGACCUUCUUGAUCUAGAAUUCGGCGGCUCAAUAAGACUUCUUUGGCACACAGGAUCAUCGCAGACCAAGAGCAUUGCGGUGAACAUACGUUGUAAUGGAAAUGAGAAAACAUUGGGGGAAUGUAUCUACAAGGGUACGGAAGAUAGUCAAAGAUCAAUGAUGGUUUUAAUUUGCUUCAAAUCAAACAUCAGUGAUGGUGGAUCAUUUAAAAAUAUCACUAUUUCGUCUGAAUUACCAUCAACGGAAAAUCCGAUACCCCAGAAAAAGAAUGACCUUUUAUGGGUAAAAUUCUUGGACACGUGGUCUCCGGUUGGUAAGAAAUGCAACAACAAUGGACACGAAUGGAAUAAAAAAGAAUCAAAAGUCGCAUGCCGCUCAAUGUUUCCAGAUGAGUCGUAAGUUAUUUUAAUUUUCACACGUUUGAUAUGUACUCCCAUGACUACAUAUUUAUUUUAGCGUACGCAAUUCUCUUUUCUUAUUUUCAAUUUAAUAUGAUAUGACAGUUUAUUAUAUGUUUAAUAAUGAAAUAUGAAGAAAAACUGAUUACAUAAAAUGCAUAUUUUCGUUUUCUAUAUUUUCAUUGUAAAAAGUUAUUUUUCACUGCAGUGACACAUAUUUGCGUAUUUUCACUGCCAUUUUUGGAACUACUUUCUUCUAAAAACAGCCAAUAAACUACUUUAAAAGAAGAGUAUUUACAUUUGUGAGAUAAACAUAGAAAAAAGAUUAUGAUAAACAGAAAUUUCAAGUUUUUUUUUUUUUUUAUAAAAACGAGAUUUCUUUUUGUACUACUUGUGGCCAAUCCACGAAAUAUUUGUUUUUCAUACCACUGGAUGAAAACAAAUCCCGUACUUAAGAAAAAAAAUCUUGAAUAUUCUAUAUCGUAUAUUUUUUCAUAACAUAUUUAUAAAGUGACAAAAAAGGCGAGGUUCUCUCUCCCCUAUACUCUAAAUUCCAUCAAAUUUACACGUUUUUCUCAUGUACUUUGCUUGUUUUUGAAACAGUUAUUAAUUAAGAUUAAGGUCUUCAAAGAACUCCGUUGAUUACAGAGUCACUUCUUUUGGUAUUAGUUUUCAUUGUACCCUUACCCACAACGUACGAUGCUACGAUGGCGAAAAGUGGAUGAUAUAAAGAUAGGUUACAUAAUGAUAAUGAAAUAACGAAGAUGCGAUGUUUCUUAUUCACCGAUAGAGACGCGACGGUAUAACUAAUCAGUAGCUGGCAAAUCGAUCCGAAUAUAUUAAAACAAUUUUUUAAGAAUUUGUUCGUCUAUGGUUAUAUUGCGUUUCAAAAUCGCAGCAUCGUGCGAUGGUGGGGUAAUGAUAAACAAUCACGAACAAAACUUUAAAGCUUUUGUUGCUGUAUUUAAAACAGUAUAUAUAAACAAUAUCACUGUAAAAAGUACAUAUGCUACUUGCGGUCACUGUACCUUUCUCCUAUAACAGGAAGUAGGCAAGUUUAUAUACUAUGUUAAAUAUAAAAGAUGUAACUGGUAAACUUCAUCAUUUUGUUGUCCCAAAACUUGUUUAUUCACAGCCUUCUCGGUUUUUAAUUUGCGCGUUUUUGUCUAUUAUAUUUUAUUCCAAAACGUAUCAGAAUUACAUUAAUAUUUCAAUCAUAAAAUCAACCUUUAUUAUUAUGUUAUAAUUAAAUACUUAGUCAUAAAUCAAGAACCUUAAUCUAAAC